AUGCUGUGCACCUCCUCCUUCGCCCAUGGGCUGAAGAAAAAGGUGAUCGCGGCCAGUGCCGUGUCUACCGAACGGGUGGGCGACGGACGCGUGCACGUGUGGCGUGCCACCGACGGACGCGUGCACGUGUGGCCGCGCGGCAAAGUCUCCUUGAAAUGGAUGCUCUACGUUCGCGGCAAUCCUGGCGACUACGACCUGUGGGCCAACGAGUUUGGCUGCACCGGGUGGUCGUACGAGGAGGUGCUGCCCAACUUCCGCAAGUCCGAGCACAGGGGAGCCGGUGGACCCCUCGUGGUGAGCGACGUCCAGGCGCCCAACACCAUCACCGGCACAUUCAUCGCUGCGGCCCAGAGUGUCGGCAUUCUGUACAACCCGGACAUGAACGGCGGCCAACAGCUCGGCGUCGGCCACGCUCAACUGACCAUCGACAACGGACGUCGGUGCACCACGGCCUACGCGUUCCUCAAGCCGGAAGUGCAGAAGCGGCCCAACCUCACCGUCCUGGUCGGCGCCCAUGCGACGCGCGUUCUGUUUGACAUCGACCGCACCCGCGCUGUUGGUGUCGAGUACAAGCUCCAGAGCGAGAAUUACAAGCGGUUCCAUACGGCCUACGCGGCAAGGACCGGCGUGGGUCCCAAGCAGCACCUCCGGGAGUUCUACAUUCCCCUCAUCCAAGACAUGCCGUACGUCGGCGAGCAGAUGCAGGACCACCUGUUCGUCCCGGUCGCCUUCUCCGCGCUCAGGCUGGAGGGCCUUCUCCACGGCCUCCCUUACCCUUUCCUCAAAGCACUGGGGGCUCGCGGCAGUUCGUCGAGCUCCCGGCCCUGGCUGGCGCCAAGUUGA